GGCUUUUGGCUUGCCACCCGCUGAUACAGGCGGAAGUGAGCUUACGAGUGGACUUUUCUUUCUUGUGAACAACGUUCUUUCUUUGUGGAAGAAGCUACCAGCUGAAUAGCUAACUAGCUACCAGUCAACUUAAAAUGUCUAAACAACAGUUGUUUCGUGUGUUUUUAAAUGAGUGCUUAACUGCGGCUGCUGUAGAGAUUUUCGGUGCAGUUGAGAAAACGGUAGUGAAGUACCAGGAGGAGAAUGAUCGGCUACGGAGACUGCUGCGGAUCACACCGGAGGUUAAACUAUGUAGAACAGACUCCCUGCAGCUCUCUGUCUCUGAAGAGGAGGUUCCCCCUGAGCAGCAGCACUGUGAGCAGGAAUGGAGCCCCAGUCUGGGACAGAAGGACCCAGAGACCAAACAGAUUAAAGAGGAACAGGAGGAAGUCAGGACCAGUCAGGAGGAAGAGCAGCUUCAAGGGCUCGUUGAUACCAAAGACUCCAUAUUCACUACUUCCUGUGUGAAAAGUGAAUGUGAUCUGGAGAACCCAUGUCAAGAAGCCGUACUAGCUGAACACCCAACUCUCAGUCCACUGAAAACAUCUAAACUACAGUUGUUCUGUGUGUUUUUAAAUCAAUGUUUAACGGUAUCUGCUGCUGUGGAGAUUUUCGGUGCAGUUGAGAAAACGGUAGUGGAGUACCAGGAGGAGAAUGAUCUGCUACGGAGACUGCUGCAGAGGACACCAGAGAUACAACUAUGUAGAAUAGACUCACUGCAGUUCUCUGUCUCUGAAGAGGAGGUUCCCCCUGAGCAGCAGCACUGUGAGCAGGAGUGGAGCCCCAGUCUGGGACAGAAGGAUCCAGAGACCAAACAGAUUAAAGAGGAACAGGAGGAAGUCAGAACCAGUCAGGAGGGAGAGCAGCUUCAAGGGCUCAAAGACUCCAUAUUCACUACUUCCUGUGUGAAAAGUGAAUGUGAUCAGGAGGACCCACUUCAGUCCUUGACUCUUCCCCAAACCCAGACUGUGGAGAACAGAGAGAGUGACUCUAAACCAGUGGAUCUGAACCCUUUUGUCACUGUGACCCACAUUAAGGGUCUCAACAUUCCCUGUGACCCUCCAGAUAAUCAAAACAAUGCCUCCAGCCACAGUUCAGCUGAAAGCAGUGACACAGUACGACUUGACAGUAGCCCACCAUUGGAUCCCAGUCCACCAUUAGAUCCCAAUCCACCAUUAGAUCCCAGUCCACCAUUGGAUCCCAGUCCACCAUUGGAUCCCAGUCCACCAUUGAAGAAACACUGUUCCAAACCCAACACCACAGCUAGAAAAACUCACCACUGCCGUGACUGUGGUGCAACAUUUGCUCUGAAAGCUGACCUGCAGAGACAUGUGACUCUCUUCAGUAAGAUACCCAGUGAAUGUAGUUCCUGCCAAAAACGCUACAACUCCACCUGUAAACUGAAGGCCCAUGUCCGACUCUGUCACAGUGGUAAACCCCUCACCUGCCCUGUUUGUGGAAAGACCUUCAAACACAAAGGAGAUCUGUCCAAUCACAUGAGGAUUCACACAGGAGAGAAACGAUUUAUCUGUGGUGACUGUGGGAAAAGCUUCAAUCGGAAGGAGACCUUAACUACGCACAAACUGACUCACGCCAAAGAGAAACCAUUUAGCUGUGGUGACUGUGGGAAAAGCUUUAUUCGGAAGGUGCAUCUAACUGAACAUCAACUGACUCACACAGGAGAGAAACCAUUCACCUGUGAUGACUGUGGGAAGAGAUUUAUUCAGAAGAGGGACUUAAGGAGACAUAUACUGAUUCACACAGGAGAGAAACCAUUCACCUGUGGUGACUGCGGGAAAAGCUUCAAUCGGAAGCAGACCUUAACUACGCACAAACUGACUCACACCAAAGAGAAACCAUUUAGCUGUGGUGACUGUGGGAAGAGCUUUAUUCGGAAGGUGAGCCUAACUGAACAUAAACUGACUCACACAGGAGCGAAACCAUUUAGCUGUGGUGACUGUGGGAAGAACUUUAUUCGGAAGGUGAGCCUAACUGAACAUAAACUGACUCACACAGGAGAGAAACCAUUUGUCUGUGGUGACUGUGGGAAAAGCUUCAAUCGGAUAGGGCACCUAUCUGAACAUAAACUGACUCACACAGGAGAGAAACCAUUUAGCUGUGGUGAAUGUGGGAAGAGCUUUAUUCAGAACAGGGCACUAAGUAGACAUAUACUGACUCACACAGGAGAGAAAUCAUUUAGCUGUGGUGACUGUGGGAAGAGCUUUAUUCAGAAGUGGGACCUAAGUAGACAUAUGCUGAUUCACACAGGAGAGAAACCAUUUAGCUGUGUUGACUGCGGGAAGAGCUUUAUUCUGAAAGGGGACCUAAGAAGACAUAUGCUGAUUCACACAAGAGAGAAACCAUUCUCCUGUGGUGACUGUGGGAAAAGCUUCAAUCGCAAGCAGACCUUAACUACACACAAACUAACUCACACCAGAGAGAAAUCGUGUAGCUGUGGGGACUGUGGAAAAAGCUUCAAUCGGAAACAUCAUGGCUGCUCAGUCUGUGAUAAAAUAUUAAUUCAGAAGACUAAUCUGCUAACACGUGAAAAACAACCACAAAGAAAGUGAAUGAGGACACAGAGAGAAGACUAAGAGAGUAUUGAGAUACACCUGUGGACCAACUGAGGACAUAGACACAGAGGGGACUAAGAGAGUAUUGAGAUACACCCAAGAUCCCCUGUGGACCAACUCUAACUGGUCCUCCUGAUCCUGCUCAGUCCAAUGUCACAGUAAUUAUAUAAUGGGACUGUUGUCUGAACCUAACAGGCAAUGUUGCUACUCUGUGUAUGAAAUGGACAAUUUGCAGUUCCGACAACCACCAGUUUUUAGGUGAACAACUGGGAGAUGAUGUAGGAGAGUUGUGAUCACUCAAUGUCGUAGACAGAUCUGUAGAUACAAGAUGUCCAGAUCUGAUGCAGGGUUUCCAAUAGGCUGCCUGUUGGUGGUUUAAUAUGGCCCAAGUUUUCAUGUGUAAAUAGAUUUACAGUACCAAGGGUUUUUCUUUAUUUGUACUAUUUUCUACAUUGUACAAUAAGUAGCCACCCAGGUGUAUCCGAUCUCAAGAAAUUGUAGAAAACAUCCCCCUUAUGUAAUCAAUGUGAGCAUUACUUAACCAGGGGAUUAGUGAUUGGAUAAGGGGGAUGUUUUGUAACCAGGGGAGUAGUGAUUGGAUAAGGGGGGUUGUAACCAGGGGAGUAGUGAUUGGAUAAGGGGGAUGUUUUGUAACCAGGGGAGUAGUGAUUGGAUAAGGGGGGUUGUAACCAGGGGAGUAGUGAUUGGAUAAGGGGGAUGUUUUGUAACCAGGGGAGUGGUGAUUGGAUAAGGAGGGGUUGUAACCAGGGGAGUAGUGAUUGGAUAAGGGGGAUGUUUUGUAACCAGGGGAGUUGUGUUUGGAUAAGGGGGAUGUUUUGUAACCAGGGGAGUUGUGUUUGGAUAAGGGGGGUUGUAACCAGGGGAGUAGUGAUUGGAUAAGGGGGGUUGUAACCAGGGGAGUAGUGAUUGGAUAAGGGGGGUUGUAACCAGGGGAGUAGUGAUUGGAUAAGGGGGAUGUUUUGUAACUAGGGGAGUAGUGAGUGGAUAAGGGGGUAUUCCUGUAUUGUGUGAAUCAGAUUUAACUGGUUGAGGGAGGAGUUUAUCAGCGAGGCUGGACUGUAUAUAAGUCAUUGUUGGCAAGUCAUUUUUCUUUGUCUGCAGACGGCCUGUUUUUAGAACCUCUUUCUCUCUGGGGCCUUUUUCCUAAAUAUUCUACUGCUGUAUUUUGUUGUUGUUAACUUGUUAACUUGUUAUCCACACAUGCAGGGUCAUAUAAUUAGUAUUUUUCUUUAGGAGGAACGGGAUUGUGUUUCCUGGAGGUGGAGAGUUGGGGAGACCAUAGGAUGUGUAGACUGAUUAUAAAGGGCUUUGCUUGAAUAAAUACUGGCUGUGCAUUUCCUCUUGAGGGGCCACCGACCCAAAUAGA